AUGACAAACGAAGAAUGUGAAACAAUUCGAGAACCGAUGGAUUCGUUAUUUUCACGUGGACGACUUCAGAGUAAUAGCAAUGAACCAUGGUGGCAAAAGAAUUUUUUCAUUACUCGACCAUUAUUGUUUGGUACUUGGGAUGGUGUUUUUACAACUGUUUUGGUUAAUAUUUUUGGUGUUAUUGUAUUCCUUCGUAUGGGUUGGAUUGUGGGAAUAGGUGGCAUUGUAAAUGCUGUUAUUUUAUUAAUUAUUUGUACAUCACUUGCAUUAAUAUCCGUCUUUUCCGCCAUUGGUAUUUAUGAAAGAUGUCAAAUUCAAAGUGGUGGCAUUUAUUUUCUUGUAUCACAUAUACUUGGUGGACAAAUUGGUGGCGCUAUUGGCUUAAUGUAUACUUUUGGACAGCUUUAUGAUGAUGUUCUCAUUGGUUUUGGUGAAAGUGCCGCACGUUUUCUUGGAAUUGAAAAUUCAUUUAUUCAUAAAAUCAUCGCUAUUGCUGGUUUACUUGCUUUAACAGGAACUAAUAUGAUUGGUGUACGUUGGAUUAUUCGAUUACAAUUGAUAUUAUUGAUAUUUUUGAUGGUUGCUCUUAUUGAUUUCUAUUUAGGAGCAUUAUUUAAAGUUGAUAUAGGUUAG